GAGCACUUCCUGGGGAUGGGGCGGAUGGAAGAUGGAGGACCAGGAGAUGUACCUGAAAGUGAAGAAAGUUACAGAUAAAUUCACUGAAAGUAUGUACUUCUUGGCCAACGAGCCAUCAUUGGCUCUGUACCGACUGCAGGAGCACGUGCGGCGAUCCCUCCCAGAGCUGGUGCAGCACAAGACAGACAUGCAAGGAGUGGAGGAGCAGUGCCAAGGUGCGAUCUACACUGUGGAAUACGCCUGCAGUGCUGUGAAGAGUAUGUCCAACAGUGGGGCUUACUUCAAGAACAUUGAGGGGCUACUCCGACACGCUAUCAGCAUUAAGGACCAGAUGAGCUCUCUGCAGAGCCGCAGAGCCAAGCGUGCGCCCCUUCCUUUCCAGUGUUGGAUGGUGUAUUCAGUGAACAAUGGUCGCAAAGCUCGUUCUGGGUCAUGUGAAGAAAAGGGAUCAGACGGGAUAAGGUUCUGAAAGAGUUGGACAGUUAACGGCACUGUUGUAUUUUCACGUGGGUGUGUUUGUAUGUACAUUUUCACAAGCUUAAGACAAUAUCUUUUUACUUUGCCGAACGCAGCUUUUACAAAAAACCAGCUUCACGUUCUUCCCAUCGGCAGUUUACAACAGCACUGAAGCUGAUGCGGAGAAGUUAAUUCAUGUGAGUCAUAACUUUCCCAAAGGUCUGCCUCUCCAACCCCCAACAAUGCUUAUUCUCAGAGAGUAAAGAACUAACUUGAGUUACUGUAUGAAGGAAAUCUGCUCCCUUUAUCGUCCUGGCUAAUAACUCCCUCUCCAGGGUGCCAGGAGUGCUUCCUGUAUAACAUUGUCCAGUUUUUUAUUUGCUUAAAAAUCCUCACUUCCGAUCUUGGGACACAGAGAGUGCUGAGAGAAGAAACUGCUUGAGGAGGGUUACUUGUCAUUUCUUCUAUGGGUUUGCCUUGACUGUAGCACCUGUGCAUGUAUACUGUCAUAAAUAAAUGUUUGGAGAGAGACAGGUCAAA